GGGGUGGGGGAAGGAGAUCGCAGGUCGGGGCCCAGUGCUCCCAGUUCCUCGAGGCUCCCACGCCCAGCGGCAUGAGGUGCCUGCUGUUUCUGCUGCUCUGGGGGCUCCCCCAGAUUUGGAGAAGUUCUGAGGGCUCCUCCAAUCUCCGUUCUCUCCCAGUCCCGCAAAGGAAUUUCCCGUUCCGCUGCCUCCAGAUCUCGUCCUUCCUCAACCGCAGCUGGGCGCGCACGGACGGCUUGGCGUGGCUCGGGGAACUGCAGCCCUUCGUGUGGAGCAACGAUUCGGACACUAUCCGCUUCCUAAAGCCCUGGUCCCAGGGCAAAUUCAGUCACCAGCAGUGGGAGAAAUUGCAGCAUCUGUUUUGGGUUUAUCGAAGCAGCUUCACCAGGGACAUACAGGAAUUCGUCAAAAUGCUGCAAACGGCCUAUCCCUUGGAGAUCCAGGUGUCUGCUGGAUGUGAGGUGCACCCUGGCAACACCUCAGAAAGCUUCUUCCAUACAGCAUUUCAAGGAAGAGAUAUCCUGAGUUUCCAAGGAACUUCUUGGGUGCCAGCCCCAGAUGCCCCACAGUGGGCCAAGAAAAUCAUUGGAGUGCUCAACCACGACCAGGGGACCAAGGAAGCAGUGCAGUUACUCCUCAAUGACACCUGCCCUCAGUUAGUCAGAGGCCUCCUUGAGACAGGGAGGUCAGAACUGGACAAGCAAGUAAAGCCUGAGGCCUGGCUGUCCAGUGGCCCUACUCCUGGGCCUGGCCAUCUGCUGCUGGUGUGCCAUGUCUCAGGAUUCUACCCAAAGCCUGUGUGGGUGAUGUGGAUGCGGGGUGAGCAGGAGCAGCCGGGCACUCAGCAAGGUGACGUCCUGCCCAAUGCUGAUGAAACGUGGCAUCUCCGAGUAACCCUGGAUGUGGCAGCAGAGGAGGCGGCCGGCCUGACUUGCCGAGUGAGGCACAGCAGUCUAGGAGGCCAGGACAUCAUCCUCUACUGGGCAGAGCGGAGCCGUGCUUCCGUGGGCUUGAUCGCCGGGGCAAUACUCAUGUCCCUCCUGAUCAGUGGAGGCUUAUUAACCUUCUGGUUUAAGAAGCGCUGCUCCUAUCAAGACAUCCUGUGACUGUCCUUGCCACACUUGUCUGUCUGGAACUCAGGACCUCAGGUUCUGAGGACUUCAGUGCUUGGGAAUUGAGAGUAAAAGAAAGGACUUUGAAGAAGGGGAGAACAGUCAUAAAGCAGCUCUCAUCACAUCCUUUUAACAUUUUUAUCUAAGAAGAUUUAAGUUCUUUUUCCGUAUACUACAAGUUUAUGAGCCCAAGUGAUUCUGUGAAAAUGGAAGUGCACCCUCAGGUGCCUACCAAGGGCAAGCAGACAAGGGCCGUGGUGUAAGGGCGUGCGUGCUCGGUGUUUGAAUGAUGGAAUCUGCAGUCAGCUGGAAAGCACUUGUCUUGUCCAAAGAAAGCAGGUCCAACUGCUUGUCGUCAAGUAUAAAGUAAGACCCUGGGUUGGCUGUAACGUACAUUUUUGAAGAAAAGUGGAAGCCUGGAUUUUUAUGUGAACAUGCCUGAUAUGAAAAUGUUGACUCAAACUUUUACAAAACUUGUGGUAUGGGAGACCCCAAAUACACCUCUGCUGGUUGAGACAACCUGGGGAGUCUCAGUCUGUUUCUCUUUUAUAAAAAGUUUGUCCUAAAUGACAUAUUGGCAAUUUUAGGACAUGGUUCCUAUUGUGAAUUUGGAUUUAUAAAAAGGGACAUUUUCUCUUUCAGAGAAAGUUAAGUUAUAAGAAACAGAGGUGUCUCAAGCUUUUACUUGGUGUAACUUGAUUAAAAGAGGAGAAAUCUUAGUGUAUGUGUAUUUUGUAGAAAAAAGCUACUGUGGGUAGGGAUAUUUCUGUCAAAUGGCCAGUAUUGUUUUCAGACUGGAAGAAGACAAGCAUGAAGAUAUCCCCCCCCAAAACGGGCUCCCCUCCUUAUAGGCUAUUAAAGGAGACCAUGUUCUCAGGUUGGAACCAACUUGGGCUGAACGCAGCUGGGCAGGCAUGAGCUCUAGUGAUGGUGGCCCAGCUGUCUGCUCUAUUCUUGGCUUAGAGAGGAAAGAGCGGGAAACUUAGAGGAACAACAGACCUUCCUGAUACCAAGAAAUGAGAAGGCCAAGUUAAAAUCAUCUGUUAGCUAUCAGGGAAGUAGUCUCUUGGCACUCAAAGCCCUUGAAAUCCAGAAAAAGUGAGACUAAACUCUUGGAGAGUCUUUGCUUGAGAAAAUUAGCAUUUGGCAUCUUCUAUGCUGGACUAGCAGAUCGAACCCAGGAUGUGGGUGAAGAUCCUGCUACCUUCUAAAUCAAUGGUUCCCAAAUUGUGGUCUGACCAGCAGCCUCAGCAUCACCUGGGAACUUGCAAAUUAUUUUGGCCCCACCCCAGACCUACUGAAUGGGAAAUCUUAGGAGUGGGGCCCAGUAAUCUGUGUUUUCACAGGCCCUCAGGUGAUUCUGAUGUUUCUCUCAAGUUAGAGAACCAGUGUUCUUAGGCAUUGUGUAAUGCCAUGUGACAAAUUUCUUAGAAUGCUAAGUUAAGAUAUUGGUCUGUAUUUAGUAAGAGAAGGCUUCCUGGAGUAGGAGAAUUUGAAGUAGGAUUUAGAGAGGCAGUGUGGUGAACCAGCAAGUGCACUGGAUCAGGAGACUGGAGUUCUCGCCUCUAACUUAGUUUCCUUCUGUGUCAUAUGGGGAUAAUAAAGUCUGUCUUGAUUAUUCUACAGGUUGAAUGUUUGUGUCCCUACAAAAUUCAUAUGUUGAAAACCUAAUGUCCAAGGUGAUGGUAUUAGGAGGUGAGGUCUUUGGGAGGUGAUUAAAUCAUGAGGUCUGAGCUCUCAUGAAUGGGAUUAGUGCCUUUAUGAAAGAGACCCCAAACCCCCUCCACUAUGUGAAGACACAGUAAGAAGGUGCCAUCUAUGAACCAGAAGGUGGACCCUCACCAAACACCAAAUCUGCUGGUGCCUUGGUCUUGGACUUCCCAGCCUCUAGAACUGUGAGAAAUAAAUUUCUAUUGUUUGUAA